AUGUCUAGCACCAGCACCAUCCGCCUGUGCCCGUCCUGCAAGACCGGCUACAUGCUGCGCUUCGACCGGCACAACAUCUGGAGACACGACCAGACGGUGAAGUCGCUCUCCAAUCAAGCCCACCAGUGUGCUUUCCAGGUGGCCACAGCGAACAACAAUGUCGCCAGGCUGGUCCACAGCAUCUCCAAAAGGCUGGAGGAAACAGACCUGCCUGAGGAGAUGAGGACCUCGUUCUGCAAAGCAUCUGACAUCAUCCUCAACCUGUUCAAAGAAGUGGAGGAGGUGUCAGAGACUGUGCGCCACCUGAUGAAGCCGCACUCCUACUCCUGCCCCCCGCCCACUGAAGAGAUCGUCGUGGCCAGAGGCAGCAGCAGAGACGUUCCACAGCUGCAGCAGCAUCCUCCUGCCCUGCUCUGCCGCCGGCCCCUCCCGCCAGAGAACAGUCCUUCUCAUCGCGCUGUGUGUGAGGAGCCCUGUGGAAACGGUGGUACCUGCCUAAAGCCCAAUAAGUGCGCCUGCCUUCUGGGCUGGACUGGACCUCAGUGCCAAACUGAUGUGGAUGAGUGCAGUGGGAGGCAGCCAUGCAUGCAGCAGUGUGUCAACACAGCUGGAAGUUACAGAUGUGCAUGCAGAGACGGCUUUAGGCUCACCGGAGACGGUCGCUCCUGUCAGAGCAUCCCCUCUCCUGCUCCUCUUCCAUCCUCCAACACCCAGGCAGCAGUGGGUGGUCACAGAGAUCUGGGUAAAUCCCAGUCUGCUUCUGGAGGAGGCUUCAGCCUGGUGGAGAACAUGACGGAAGAGGUGCAGAGCCUGAGGAACAGAGUGGAGCUUCUGGAGAAGAAGUUGCAGUUGGUGUUGGCGCCAUUCAGCAGCUUUUUCCCGCAGUCUGUGGAUGAGGGAAUUUCAGAGAAGACCUUGCUGUCCCACUCCUUCCAGCAACUAGACCGCAUCGACUCCCUCAGCGAGCAAAUUGGCUUUUUGGAGGAGCAACUUGGCACAUGUGAGGCUGACCUUUGACCUUCUGUUGCUCUUCCAAGACCGAUUAAAACUUUUUC